AUGGGAGCUGCGCCGUCUCGUGAAUCGAGGACGCUCUAUUCCUACUUCAGAGGCACGUAUGAGAUUGGACUAAUCCCAUUGACGAAGGCCUUCUUUGGCCUUACAGAGCCCGCAAACGCCCACAGCGGGGAGAAAACAGGUGGUGAGGAAGGGCUGAGGGCUGGGGCGGGUCGCGAGCAGGAAGCUCAUGCCUCCCAGGCGGCAGUGACUGCCGCCCACAUCGCCAGUGUAAAGGAACUCCGACGUCAAUUUAUACUUAUGCGCGGUGAUCCAGCCAUUUUGUACGCAAACGCCCGUGGGAAAGCGUCCGCGUCGUGGCCAGAGCUUCUUUCCGACACCUUCACCGAAGAAGACCUUGAUGCUUUUCUGGAUGCAGUUGAGGCUGGGUUGUAUAACAGCGACGCGGAAAUGAUUGCGGACAUUCAAACUCCGCUUCUUCCUCUUCCAUGUGCCCUCUGUCUGGUUUGCAAAGACGGACAGGAGCGCUCUGGGUGCUUCUUCUGGCACGGCCGCAGUAUCGUUGUCAUUGGCUACUUAGCCUGCCUCAAGGAGGAACUCCGCAGGCUAUUUAAAGUGGCAAAGAGAAACCCCCCAGAAGAGGCACAAAAACCCGCGGAUGCCGCCGCGGACCCAAACAGACGUUCUCCUGCCGACCCCGACGACGUAUCCCUCUUCUUAAAUGCCGGCGUGCUUGCCUCUGCCGGAGACCGCACUCUCGAGCGUGUCCUCCUUCUGGCUGCUGUGAUGGUGCGAAACCAGUACCUGGACGCCUUCUUUCGCGUUCGUAGUUCGACAUCAUCCUCCUCUCUUGGAGAGAGAUUUCAGGAUUUAUUUAACAUCGAAUCUGGUGUCCCCUCGUUCUCCUCUCUGAGUUGUUCUUUGAGGCUGCGGCUCUCAGUAAGAACGCCAUCAAAGCACAACUCAGAGAGGAGGCUCUAA